GGUUUGUAAUCAGUCACGUGAACCACGCAGGGCUAAAGCGCUGCUCGGGACUACACGACCUGUUCGUAUUCAUCCAUUCCACCCUACAUUUUUUUAAACACAUCAAGACAGAUAUUGAACAAAAACCCGAAGCACAUAGAUAGACAUUAUAUUUCAAACAACAGAAGUCGUGGUUUUGUUUCGACGUCGGUUCAUACGCGACAGACCAUCUUUCGAUCGAGAUUCCAAAGUGUUGGAAUGGGAAAUGAUGGAGGAUAAAGGGCCCCGCGUAGCCGAUUACUUUGUGGUUGCCGGCCUCACCGACUUGUCCAAGCCUCUGGAGGAUGAGCUCCACUUCGACGACGCCGGCCCCAAGUGUGUGAAACCAAAAGCGCCCAUUACCGACGUAGCCGUGGUGAUCCGUUCCCUGGGUGAAGAGGUGCCCCCAGGUUUCACCUGUGUUGAAAGCACCCCCUCGGGCCUCUCCGCAGAGCUCAAUGGAGCCAGCCUCAGGGGGCCGCAGAUCUUCCUGUGCUUCAAACGAGGCAGAGAUAAGCCUCCACUGACAGAUCUUGGGGUUCUGUACGAGUGGAAAGAGAAACUGAAACCCGGAUGUCACCUCGUCCAGACCACGCCCUCGGGUCGCCCUGCCAACAUCAGCAGCUCGUCGUCCCAACGCAUCUACAUCACCUACCGCCGCGCCCCCAAGAGCCAGCCUCACACCUCACUGGCUGUCACCGAUGUCUGCAUCAUCAUCCCCGGCAAGGGGGAGACGCCCCCUCACACCUUCUGCAAGGUCGACAAGAACCUCAACAGCAGCAUGUGGGGAUCCUCAGUCUACCUUUGUUACAAGAAGUCCCUGGCUAAAGCCAACACAAUCGCAUACAAAGCAGGCCUGCUGUGUAGGUACCCUGAAGAGGACUACGAGUCCUUCCCACUGCCUGAGUCCGUGCCUAUGUUCUGCCUGCCCAUGGGGGCAACAGUCGAGUGCUGGCCAGAACACACCAAACACUCCCUGCCUGUGUUUUCCACAUUUGUACUGACGGGCGCAUCUGGUGAAAAGGUGUAUGGAGCUGCCAUCCAAUUUUAUGAGCCUUACUCAGAGGAGAACCUGUCCGAGCGUCAGUGCUCACAGCUCGGACUGCCAAGUGCUGACGGGUCCAGGAGUAUUUACAGCAACAAGAGCAUCUGUCUGCUCUCCCACUGGCCCUUUUUCCAGUCCUUCAGGAGCUUUCUCACUUUCCUCUACAGAUACUCCAUCUCUGGACCACAUGCUCUGCCUAUUGAAAAGCAUAUCUCUCACUUCAUGCAAAAUGUGCCAUUCCCCUCCACUCAGAGACCACGCAUCCUAGUGCAGCUAUCUCCGCAUGACAGCCUGAUACUCAGCCAACCCGUGUCCUCCCCACUGCCUCUGAGUGGCGGGAGCCUCUCCACAUUACUACUGAAUCUGGGCCCAAAGAACGCAGCCACCCUGCUGGUGUUGGCUGUCACAGAGCACAAGAUCCUGGUUCAUUCCCUGCGUCCCGCUGUGCUCACAAGCGUCACAGAGGCCCUUGUGUCCAUGAUCUUCCCCUUCCACUGGCCGUGCCCGUACAUCCCUCUGUGCCCGCUGGCACUGGCCGGCGUGCUCAGCGCACCGUGCCCCUUCAUCGUGGGUGUGGACUCCCGAUACUUUGACCUUUAUGUUCCCCCAGCAGACAUCAGCUGCGUGGACCUGGACACCAACACAAUCUCGCAAAAAGAUGACAAAAAGGCUCUCACGUGGAAAAUCUUGCCCAGGAGAGCCUGCAAACAUCUUCUUAGUACUCUGAAUAAGCUCCAUCAGCAGCUCGCUGAGGGUGGUCAGCUGAGCCGCGAGGACGUACAGAUGGAGCACACAGCAACUGAAAUGGAGCUCGACGGCGGGAAGAGCCUCCACACUCUGGAGCUGGAGAUCCAGGAGGCCUUCCUGAGCUUUAUGGCAGCCAUCCUACGAGGGUACCGUUCCUACCUGCUACCCAUCACCCAGGCCCCCUCUGAGAAGACCACCGAUGCCAGCUCCCUCUUCGACAUCCAAGGCUUUGUAAAGAGCAGAGACCGCUCUCACCAGAGGUUCUACUCCCUCAUGACCAAGACUCAGAUGUUCAGCCGUUUCAUAGAGGAGUGCUCCUUUGUCAGUGAUAAGGACGCCAGCCUGGCUUUCUUUGAUGAGUGUGUUGAUAAGCUCUUCACUACUGGAAGCAAGAUGGACAGCGAGCGCCCGGAGGACACCAGACUGAUCGAACUGGAUGAAUCCCACCGCAGCGAGCACACGGUGUAUGUAAACCCUCCGGAGCUGCCGCCUCUACCACGGGGAGAGGAGCAUCCCCUCUGCUACAGCUACUCUGAGUUCCCUGUGCUGAAUGCUGAACUUCUGGAGUCGCUGGAGGGUCCAAAUCUUCCAUCAGCAGGCAUGGCCUCCCGCCACAGCAGCCCGGCCAGCCCUACGGCUAUCUUCAGGCGCUCCAAACAGGAGAUAAAAUCAGCUCAAAAGAUGGCCAAAACCUAUUCAUCGAUGCCUCAGAUGUGGUCCAAGUGUCUGCUGCGCCACUGCUACGGCCUUUGGUUCAUCUGCCUACCAGGGUUUGUUGGCACCUGCCACUCAAAGGUGCGUGCCCUGCGUACCGCUUACGAUGUGCUGAGAAAGAUGCAGGACAAUAAGUUGCAGGCUCCGGAUGAGGUGUGCUACCGUGUGUUGCUCCAGCUGUGCGGGCAGUACAGCCAGCCGGUCCUCGCCGUCAGGGUUUUGUUUGAAAUGAAGAAAGCUGGAGUUCAACCCAACGCCAUCACCUACGGGUACUACAACAAGGCCGUGUUGGAGAGCACCUGGCCCUCCACCACCAGAGGAGGUUACUUUUUGUGGGGAAAACUGAGGAACGUGGUUUUAGGUGUGCUCAAGUUCAAGCACGCUGGGAGAAAACAACAGACUCCGCACAGAGAUCAUCAGCUUUCAGACGGCAGCGAUCUUGACUCAGUCAGUCAUGGCAGUUUGGACAGUGCCAAUGAUUCUGCUGAGCGCACUUCAAUCGACACCGACUUCACUAAAAUGGACUCCAGUGACGAUGGAUUUAGUACAGGUGGCCAGUCAGACCAAGGCUACGAUUCGCUAUCCAAAGAGGAGGAGAGGAUGUGCACCAGAGACAGCAACUAUUCAUCGGCGGUGGAAGACAAACGACAGAGGCUGUCCACAGUCGAGGUUGAGGUUCCAAUCAGCAGCAUCUCUCCUUCAGGAAACUGCAAAUCCACAGUUGUCAGUGCUGGCCAUGGCAACAGGCAGGCUUCAAGUCCAUCAAGUGACAUUAUUCUGCGUGGACCUCGGCUUAAGUCAGAGAGGCCAAAAUCUCUGGACUUGUCUGGCGGGCGUGAAAGUCUUAGACUCACCGUCCCUAACUUUUCAUCAACAAAGCAGCAUCAGCCGUCUGCUGACAGACUGCACGGGGUAGAAGAAGAGGAGACAGAGACUGGUAAACACACACCUUCCAUGGGGAGAAGCUGCAGCGCCGCAGUGGAAAGUGAAGGAGGGCCCAGAGUGAGGAGCAUCAGCUGCAGUGCCGGGACUGUGAGGAGAACGGGUAUUGAUAGGGGGUUAGAUCCGCUGUCCCUGAUGUCGAGAGAUGCGCUCCAAGAGUGUGAUCCGGAGAUUAGCGGCACGCCAACAGCCCGCCGCGACCUCGCAGAGGAAAUCGAGAUGUACAUGCACAACGGGGGCAGCCCUCUGGGCAGCCGCGCAUCCAGCAUGAACCUGCAGAACCCUUCAAGCCCGUUGUUUAGGUCCGCCUCGUCUCCUCACGACUCGCCGCGACCCGCCACCGCGCUCCACUCCAACACACACCCCCCGCUGCCCACGAAACCCAAGGACAAGCUGAGGCCGUCGCCGUCUCUUCCUCUGGGUCUGUGCACCAAAGACAGGGAGAGGCCGUCCUCUUUGGUUUCACCCUCCUCACCUAGUCCAUCAUCCUCAUCGUUUUCCAUGGACUCACUGUUCACCCCGUCCCUGGACGUCUUCAAGAGCAGCGUCAUAUCAGCGGGGAAGGGCGUGGCCGAGAAGGCCAGCCGCUUCUACUCUCGUCUGUCCUCCCAGACUUCGUUCACGCAGGAAACAAACUGCGACUGGAUCAGUGUAUCCUCGCUGACCUCAGGGGAGGCAGACUGCUCCUCGCUGCUUGAUAAUGACUCGUGUCUCGACCCAGAUGGUUUCAUCUCUCCCCGUCACGGCAGUGUCUCCCGACUCAGGAGGAGCCCCGUCGUGGGUCAUAGCAACCUGGGCAGCCCCAGCAACCCCGACAGAGUGUUCAGACACAACUCCUUCUCCGGUGGUUUGGCACUUCCUUCUAAAAUACCUCGCACUCCUGAUUCCUCCCCCGACACCAGCCGCUUCCAACCCACUCCCAACUACGCAAUGGAGGUGCUGAUGUCCAGCUCCUCACUUUGCAAGACGUGUGACUGUCUGGUGUAUGAUGAAGAGAUAAUGGCUGGCUGGACAGCCAACGACUCCAAUCUCAACAGCAGUUGUCCCUUUUGCGGCACGGCUUUCCUGCCGUUCCUCAAUGUGGAAAUCAAAGACCUGCGACUACAGAGCAGGUCGCCUAGGAAAAGUAAUCUGGUUACAGAGGAGAUCACGUCGGCAUCUCUCAGUCCGGGGGCAGAAAUGGCCGCGACGGAGCGUACGGCUGCGUCACCUGAAGGCGCCGAGCCGACCCAGGUGACGGUGCCCUACUUGAGCCCCUUGGUUCUGUGGAAAGAGAUGGAGAGCCUGCUGGUAAACGAGGGCGACGAGGCCAUCUCUUCCCCCACUGUUGUCGACCAACACCCCAUCGUCUUCUGGAACCUCGUGUGGUACUUCAGAAGGCUGGAGCUGCCGAGUAACCUGCCAGCUCUUAUCCUGGCCUCUCAGCACUGUAGCCAUGGAGACCAGACUCCUCAGAGCGUUUCCUCAGAGGACAGCAAGCAGGUGCUUGUGAGGAUUAUGUGGGACAACCUGAAGUUGCAUAAAGACAAAGACCAACCCUGCUAUGUCUUGUGGAACACACAUUGUGCAAACUCCCUGGUGCGCUCUGGGUUGUGUGAAGAAGGCCAGCUCUUCACUGUGGAGCUACUGCAGGGUUUUGUGAGGAGCAUUAAGAAAAGUGAUGUUUAUCAACCCAUGAGCCAGAUCAUCCAGCUGCUGGGGCCAGAGCUGGGUUUUAAACGACAGAGGAGCCUCUACAGAGAUUUAUUGUUCCUCGCGCUGGUGGCAUUGGGAAAGAACAACAUUAAUAUCAACGCUUUUGACCGGGAGUACAAGUUGGCAUACGAUCGUCUCAACCCCGGCCAGGUGAAGCUAACACACAACUGUGACCGGCCCCCUGGGGCGGGGGUCAUGGAAUGCAGAAGGACUUUUGGCGAGCCCAGUCUGUAAAGUACUUCUCUUCACCAGUGUCCAUAUGUUGCCAGGUUUUUUGGACUGUUAGUCAGACUCAGGACCAGCUCACUUGACUGGAGCACAGAGCUCUUAAGCACAAAAGGAACAUGACAAUUAAUGUAAAGUAACUGCCAUGUGUUUCUUGUAUACUGUUAGUGCUAAAAGGCAUGGAGUGACAUCCUAGUAGUUGUAAAUAUUUAGAAAAUCUGCUGUAUUUUCAGUAUGACUGAAAUAUUUGUACAGUUGUUAUACAUUCUAUUUUAAGAAUUGGUUUCUGUUGGAGUUGUGAGUUUGUAAAAGUUAGUGCGUAAUCAUCCUUUUGAAAUUCCCAAGUGGUCCUGGUGACCUUUUUAGACAUUUGGGUUUUGCUAAAGUAUUUUGACAAGACAAGUUCUUGCCUUUCAUUCACAUUAUGUAACGCCGUGGCCCAGCUGCCCACGCUUAAGUGACUUUUGAUUUGGCAACUGCAGAACUUAAUGAUUAUCUUCAAUUAAAUGUAAUUAAUUUAGCAAAGACGUUCCUCCUCAUCUGCACCCUGUGCAUACAGCAAGGCCAUGCUCCUAUACCUGAUUACACUAAGAUGGUAACUCGUUAAGUUUACUUAAAUUAUUAAACAUUCUAUUAUUUCUGAAUGCAGAAUGUUUAAUUUAUUGGUUUAUCCUUUUUCAUUAACCAAAAUAACCCAAAGAGAGGUGUUCUUCUAUGACUAAUUGACAGUUUAAGCAAUACCUUUAUUUUUUAAGAUGUAUGUGUUAUAUGGGACCACUGAGCAUAGAUUUAUUUCGAAACAGCUAAAUCAAUCAAGUAGAUGGAAUAAAAAUGUUUUCUGUUUAAUCAACACAUUUAUUUGAUAAAGAAAUGACCGAAUUGACACAGUAAUGAGCUAUACAAAUGUACAGAGUAUUUGAUCCUAGUAAUUUUAUAUUUUCUUUCAGUCUUCACUGUAUGCUGUAGUUAGUUUACAAUAUUUGUCAACACUUCAAUGUUUAAUGUGACAUCCAGAGCAAAAAAAAGUCCCUUUGAACAAAUGAUGGUGAAAAUAUGAAUUCAGUCAUGUCAAAGGGGGGACAUUAGAACAACAGCUCUGACCUGCACUAAUUCAGAAUCCUUUCCAAAAAUAUUUCACUUUGUUAAUAUUGUCUUUCACUUUUAACUGACAGAAACCUGCCUGUAAUCUGUUAGUUGUACUGUAAUGUAGCACCACAGCUUAUUUACUGGACUUCCUCACUAGAAUUUUCGAUGAUAUGAUGGUGGAUUUGACAGGGCUCUGUGCUUGGAAUAACCAACAUUACAAUGUGUAAAUUUGCAAUUAAAUCACCUUGUAAGUUGUGAUAAAAAAGAAAAUCAAUGGCUGAAGACCAAGGCAUCAUUUGAUGUGUACAUGUUGUUUACACAAUUUGUCAAUUUAAACAAUGUUUAUGGAGUAUUAUUUAUCAUUUGUAACACAAAUACUAAUCAUUUGUAUGAUAUUUUAUAUAAAAAAAAGAAAAUAUGUAUUGUUUGCUUUCAUUUAUGAAUAAACACGUUUAUGCUA